GUUGGAUCUGGAUUCCCAUCCCCCAGCAUUUUAUGUCCAUCUCAUACACAUUUUUUGUUUGUUUUUUUUAUUUCUGAGAAGUGGAAGAUUGAUUGUACGUGACUGUUGUAAUGACAGUUGUUGGGAAAGGGAAGGAAAAAAAGGGCUUCCUGUUUUGCACAGCCUUCAGCAACAAGGACUGAGCAGGAGGAUUUUGUUUUUGAAGAAACUUGCAGCCAAGAUGUUCUACACAUGCGGCCCCAAUGAAGCCAUGGUUGUGUCAGGUUUCUGUCGCUCUCCCCCUGUUAUGGUGGCUGGAGGCACGGUCUUUGUCAUUCCUUGUGUUCAACAGAUUCAGAGAAUCUCGUUGAAUACACUGACUUUAAAUGUGAAGAGCGAGAAGGUGUACACACGACACGGUGUCCCCAUAUCCGUCACUGGCAUUGCACAGGUGAAAAUUCAGGGACAGAAUAAGGAGAUGCUAGCAGCUGCCUGCCAGAUGUUUCUUGGAAAGACAGAGACUGAAGUGACCCAAAUCGCAUUGGAGACAUUAGAAGGCCACCAGAGGGCCAUCAUGGCACAUAUGACUGUUGAGGAAAUCUACAAAGACCGUCAGAAGUUCUCUGAACAAGUAUUUAAGGUAGCCUCGUCAGACCUGGUGAAUAUGGGAAUCAGUGUGGUCAGCUACACACUGAAGGACAUUCAUGAUGACCAAGACUACCUACACUCCCUGGGAAAGGCCCGUACAGCUCAGGUACAAAAGGAUGCUAGGAUUGGAGAAGCUGAAGCCAAGCGAGAUGCUGGGAUUAAGGAAGCAAAAGCCCAGCAGGAGAAAGUAUCUGCACAGUACCUGAGUGAGAUCGAAAUGGCAAAGGCACAGAGGGACUACGAGCUGAAGAAGGCAACAUAUGAUAUAGAGGUCAACACCAAGAAGGCACAGUCUGAACUUGCCUAUCAGCUUCAGGUAGCAAAGACAAAGCAGAAAAUUGAAGAGGAGAAGAUGCAGGUGUUGGUAGUGGAGCGUGCACAGCAGAUCCAUCUGCAGGAACAGGAAAUCGUACGCAAAGAGAGGGAGCUGGAAGCCAAGGUGAAGAAGCCAGCCGAGGCUGAGCGUUACCGACUUGAGAAAAUUGCUGAGGCAGAGAAGUUGCAGAUGGUGACACAAGCAGAAGCUGAAGCUGAAACAAUACGUAUCAAAGGUGAAGCAGAAGCAUUUGCAGUUGAGGCAAAAGCUAAGGCUGAUGCUGAGCAGAUGAAGAAGAAGGCCGAGGCAUUCCAGCAGUAUAAGGAUGCCGCCAUGGUGGGCAUGCUUUUAGAGAAACUUCCAGAUGUAGCAGCAGAGAUCACCAAGCCACUAAAUGAAACAAAGAAGAUAACAAUGGUUUCCAGUGGCACUGGAGAAGUGGGCAUGGGCAAGGUGACAGGAGAAGUCUUGGACAUCAUGAACAAACUGCCAGAAACCAUUGAAAAAAUAACUGGAGUUAGCAUUUCCCAGAGUAUGAAGAAGCCUGGAAGAAUGUCAUAAGAUGCAAAGGAAGUAACAGCAAUCUGUGACCUUUAUGCCAACCCUCUUGUCCUCAUCACUAUCAUUGUUCCGAAAAUCAACCACAUCCUUGUAUAUGUGUGAAACCUUUUGUGUAUAUGUUACAUGAUUUUUAUGUGCUGUUAGGAAAAUGAGCAGCACGUCUUUUGCAUACUGCCUUAUCUAUCUAGUUUUGCAGGCAACAUUGAACAAAUUUAGUGCCAGACACGAUCACUUUUGAAACUGUUAUUUUUUUUUUUUUAAUUUUUAAAGAGCACAUUAGAGUAAUGCAGUUCAUCGGUUUUAAAGUUGUUCUAAUGUGGUUAAAUGAGGAAGGAAGCAGCACUUGCUGUGUAUAGCAGAUUCUGUGCAUCUACAUUAUGUCUAGCCUUCGGGUUGAGAAAUACCGAUUACUAAAGUGACCUAACAGAAGUACAGUACUCAGCCUCACAGAAGAGUGCUCCUAGCAGUAGCGUGUAUUUUUUAGUUCAUUGUGGCCAACUGAAGAUCUAAUGUUAGAAAUUAGAACUCCAGAAAGAAUUCCGAGUGAUGCAGUAGGCUUACGGGAACCAUGGGACUGUUUUGGGCAAAGUAGAAGUUUAAAUGGAGUAUUACUGGUCUGCAAAAAGGAAACAUUAGGGAGGUGAUAUUUAUCAGGGCCUUGGAUUGCUUGUCUACACCAGUAAGCUGCUUGUUCCACUAAAGAUUGAUGUGAUGACAUUUAAAUAAAAUACUGUGACUAUUUUGUGCGUAGGCAGUGUUUACAGGACAACAUUCAUGCAAAUUUUACUUUGAUAAGAGAAACAUUUGAAAGAAAGUGGUUAGUGAAAAAAUAUAUAUAUUUAUUUAUUCUCACGCUGGUCAUUGAGUGUGGAGCCAAGGACACGAGAUAUUUUUUCAGAUUGUGAAAUUGGAUGGAAGGUGCCAUGUUCUUGUAACAUUGUAACAGUCAGGAGUUUUCUGCAUUCUGUCCUUGUGAUAUAUCAAUUGGCUGUUGUUUGCUACCUCUCCAUUAACGGUAACAGAAAAUCUGAGCCUUUUACAAGCAGUCAACUUGAUUAGCUUACCUAAAUAACUUUAUGACAUCACUUUGAUUCUGUGGUGAGUAAAGGCUAAUAUGAUAUUAGGUAUAGACAGGGAGUCUGAAGAGGUGCUUGGGUAAGCCUGAGAUAUUUUUUCAUUUUAAGUAAUUAUUUUAACUUUACAUGGGCAUUAGUGUGUAUCAUGUCAUAACUAGGAAACAGUAGUGGUAGGUUCUCCUGUUUGUUUUCAAGGGAGCAAACUUCUUGGUGUCCUUUUUCAGUUUUUUUUUUAAUUCUUUAAAUUUACACCUUUGUAUAGUCCUACCUGUGUGUAUAACUCACAUCCUUUAGUCAGGUGAUCAAGUUGCUGCCUUUCAUAACAGAUAAUGCUCACUUGUAGAGAAAGACUUUUGUGGCUUAAAUCCAUGCCUGUUCCACAAGUUCUGGUACAGAAGAAUAUAUUACUAAUAAGCCAGUAGGAGUCCAUUUUCUACCCUUCAUCCUGUCAAAAACCUACACAUUGUUGACCUGGAAUUCACCAUAAGGAAAAUAAAAGUAAAAAAAAAAAAGAUGCCCAUUUGGUUACAUCUUGCUUAAAAAGUUAUGUUGUCUGCACAAUACACACUUCCAUACCUACACUACAUCAAGAUGGAGUGAGAACUGGCACACAAAGUCUUGGCAUUUUAUGUGCUGCAACAGUUGAUGGUGUCCCUGCCUCUUGGAGUUCAGCUCAGCAAAUACAAAUACUGUUGUCAAUUGUGUACUAGCCUUUCUAUUAUUUUUUAAGGAGGAGCUGUAAAUAGGUGUUUGUUUGCAUCUACUGCAUUGCAUCUCACUAUGCUAUAUUUCUAUGUCUAUAUAUUCCUGUUUUGUUGCAUAUGUGGGAUGUUACUGCAGUUAAAGGCAGGGAAACAAUUACUGGUAUUGCUACAAAGGAGGGUCUCAGGGGUGUCAAAGGCUGCUGAAGCAAAGUUCAUCCAUAAUGUAAAAAUUAGUAAAAGCAAUUAUUUGAGUCCCAUUAGCAAGCAUUAGAUGAUGCACAGUCAGCUGUGGUAUUGAUUUCUUUUUUUCCCUUCAACAUUCCAUAUUAGUUGCCACGUACACUGCAUUGCAGAUGAGUCAUGCUGUGCUGGUAUUCAGUGAACCAAUUAGUUCCUGAAAUCUUUUCUGCUAUCAGUCAGUCCUUGUAGCCCUGCUACCCCAGCAACCCUCAACAUUCAAACUUUGACAGAUUGAGGUGCAUAUUUGAUCAGUGAGGGGCUUGCAGAGUGUGUGCUGUCUUGCCAGCCUUUUAUCCCACCCCCAUGUAGUAUCCCUUCUCUAUUUUGUUCCUUUAUUGCUGCUAAAAUAUGGCAUUUUCACCCACUCCCACUGAUGUAGAGCAGUGUAACACUUCUACUGGAAUUUCUGAGCUAUUCUGUGACUGUAUGCACCCUGCAGUGUGUACUGUAUUCCUCAGCCAGACUAGUUAUAAAAUGGCAAAUCCAUGUUAAACAGUGAUGUGGGGUUUGGAAUAAGAAGACUUUGAAUAAAAAGUCUUUAUACCCUGGUGGCUUUUGAUCUGUACUGAAUUUGCAAAGUUUUUAGGUAAAAAAAAAAUAUUCAAGAGGAAUUUUUUUUUUAUCAAAGCACCCUGUUUAAUAGUCCAGCAAACACAACACAAGUGACAUUGCUGUGUGAAAAGCUUUUUAAAGAAUAGCCUGGAAGGGAGUGCUACAUCCAUUUAUAACAGAUUAAAGAUGUUGUGCUAUUAGGGUAUAAUGAAGAAUGCUGCAUACAUUUAUACCUGUUGAGAGGUAUGUUUGUCAGUAUAUGCAGAGGGUGUGUUGUAAUCUGUAAUGAGGAACAGGAGUGUAGGGAGAGACUGAGGGCAUUGGUAUGUGCAUGCUAAAAAAAGUGAAGAGAAUUAUAGGAUAAGAUAUAGUAAAGGCCUGCUCAAAUAAGGACUACAUAAAUGUGGAGUGUUAUAGAUGGGGAAAAGGCAAACUUAGAAUGUGUACAAGGAAGAAACUCCUGUGCCCAGGUGAGAGUGGGGCACUGAAAUGCUUUGUCAGAGGAGAUCACCAUGGGGGAUAAGGGUUACCUAAGGUAAGUAGAAGAUGUCAGUUACAGGGUAGUAUGGCAGUGUAACAGCUGGUUACUGAAUUCCAAGGUCCUUAUUAAAAACAUGUUUUUAUUUCUGUUAGAAGCACUAUCUUUAGGUGGUUUGUCAGAAUGUAUAUACAAAGAAAUUAAUGAGCAAUAUUUUAUUCCAAAAAUACUAAUAGUUUUUUUUAACCAUCACAAUUAAGCUGUCCUGAAUGCUGUUUACUGACCUUGUAAAUGCGAGGAUGGUUUCAUGUUCUCUCCCCCCUCCCUUCCACACACAGCAGGAGGGAUGGUCACUUUACCUCUCCAUCCCAUAAAGUCAUGGCCAUCUAAUUCAUUUACUGAGAGAAUGUGCAUGUUUCCAGGUUGAGUUACAGCUGCCUUACCUCUCACAACAAACUACCUUAUCCUUGUGCCUUGCAGUUUAACAGAUGGUGUUCAGUUUGUAAAACCAGCUCUCAGACCUGCAUCAAAAUGAUGAGUCACUGCCCCUCCCCCAACAUCCAAACAGUGUUUUCUGUCAUUUUAAUCUGUCAGUGUGUACUGCACUGAGGAGCCUAGCUCAUGUUUUGGGGUUUGAUUCCUUUUAGCAGUGUACUGUAAUUUGUCUUGGUGUCCCACAUUCUGAAAAAUUCAUUAUAGUUAAAGAUUAAGCAUUAUAAAAAUAUGAAAGAGCAAUGUGUAGUGCAGAGGGUAACCUGAGAAGUUUGUGAAGCAGCUAGCUACAAAACCUAAUUAAGAAACUCUGAAGGACGGGGUUCCAGGUUGAAAACACACAUGCAGUGCUGAGAUGUGUUACAUAUUUUGUUUCUGUGCGGUCCAAAGACUUCAUGCAUAUUCAGGCAAACACAUCCGUAUGAAUACACGGAUUCCACUUUUUAAAACCACUGUCCUGUGUUAACAGCAGCUGGAGAGUUAAAAAGAUAGUUUUGUCUAAUCAUUCAUAUUCUAAAGCAUAGUUAGUAACUGAACGUGCAUACAUAUAUUUGCAUGUAUGAUGAAUGCUGCAAGUGAAGUUUAGAGUCUUUACUGCAGUUUCAUUAAUAUCUUCUGUAUUUUUCGUAAUGCUUGUGUUUUGAGUUCUGCCUCUAUAAAAAGCUGGACAAUGUAACUUUGUUUUAUGUAACACCUGCUGACCCUGAAAUAUUUUUCACUGUUAAAUGGUAAUGUGAAUGUAAUUGUACAAGUACUGUUGAAAUUGGAAUUAACUGUCUGCAUCAUAAGAAGACCUUGUAACAAAUUAAAUAUAUAAACUAA